ACAGACAGACAGACAGAAGCGGACGUAUCCAAAGGAGACGAUGCCAAACUGAUCAUCUCUAAGACCCUGGAGACAUUCGGCAAAAUCGACGUCCUAGUCAACAACGCCGGGAUUGCCAGAGUAGGCAGUCUGUUAGCAGGCGAUCUGAUGAACUCGUAUGACGAGGUGAUGAAUACGAAUCUGCGAGCGGUGUUCCACCUGACGUGCUUAGCGACCCCUCAUUUGGUCAAGACGAAGGGGAACGUUGUGAACAUAUCUUCAGUGGCGGGGUCCUCAACGCCUCCGCCUUCGUUGGUGACGUACGCCGUGUCGAAGGCAGCUUUGGACCAGUUCACCAGGGGAGCAGCGUCGGAGCUGGCGCCGGCUGGCGUCCGGGUCAACGUCGUCAGUCCUGGCCCGGUCGUGACGGACAUCAUCGAGAAUAGCGGCAUGACGACGAGCUCGUAUGACGAAUGGGGCACCAGGACCGCGCUGGGCCGCUCGUCCGAUCCGGCUGAAAUGGCGGACCUCGUGCUGUACUUAGCCAGUGAUAAAGCUAAAUGCAUCACCGGUGCUAAUGUUGUAGCAGAUAACGGCUAUUUGGUGAAGUCACAAUAGAGUUGUGCAAUUAAGAA